AUGGGCCAAUCCACUUCUUCCUGCUCCGUCGCCCCUUCCUCUACCGCCGCCACCACCACCACCUCCGCCGCCUCCACCAAAUGCCAACUCCACCCCUCACCUCCUCCCGCCACCGCCCCCCGCAAAAAGCGAAAACCCAGCCACCUACCGCCCGCCACCGCCGCCGCCGCCGACCACACCCUCUCCCUCCCCGACGAAUGCCUCGCCACCGUCUUCUCCAAGCUCGGCUGCCACGACCGCAACUCCUGCUCCCUCGUCUCCAAGCGCUGGAGCUCCGUCGACUCCGCCUCCCGCCACCGCCUCGUCCUCCUCUCCCCCGCCGAAAUCUCGCCUUCCCUCCCUUCCCUCCUCUCCCGAUUCACUUCCCUCACCGUCCUCUCCCUCAAAUGCUCCCGCAAAUCCCCCAGCAUCGACAACGAUUCCUUCGCCCAAAUCUCCCGCUUCCUCAAUUCCCUCCAGAAAAUCAAGCUCAAGGGCUGUACCCACAUCUCCGACGACGGCCUCGUCGCUUUCUCCGCCAAUCGCCCUUCAAAACUCUCCAAGGUGUCUUUCGCCUCAUGCGGGUUCGGCGCGAAGGGGAUCAAUUCCAUGCUCACCAACUGUUCGAUAAAAGACCUCACUCUCAAGCGCCUCCGAAAGCUCGACACUCGCACCUCCCACCUCGAAUACCCCGACAGCAGCGUCGGCGCCGGUAAGUUGCUGGUGAGGCUCUGCGUCAAGGAUCUCCACAACGCUGGGGUUUUUACCCCUUUGCUUUCAUCUUGUUCUAAAUCGCUGAAGACGCUCAUCGUCUGCCGGAGCUCCGGCAAUUGGGACGGAGUGUUGGAAGAGAGCUUCGGAGGAGGAGGGGGAAUUACAUCCGUGAUGGAGAUCCAAUUCGAGAGCGUCCAAUUGGGCGACCAGGGGCUCACCUCGAUCUCCACUUCCUGCCCCGACCUCCAAGCUCUGUAUCUCAGCCGCACCACCGAUUGUACCGACGACGGCCUGUCCGCCAUCGCCGGGAAAUGCAAGAAGCUCCGGAAGCUCCACAUCGACGCCUGGACCCGAUUCGGAAUUCGAACCAUCGGAGACGACGGCGUCCUCUCAAUAGCCCAAAAAUCCUCCCAUCUACAGGAAAUCGUACUCAUGGGAGUCCCAAUUUCGGUCCAGACCCUCAACGCCCUGGCUUCCAACUGCCGAUCUCUUGAACGAAUGGCGCUCUGCAAUACCGACACGCUGGGGGACGCGGAGCUGGCUUUCGUCGCCGCGAAAUUCCUGCCCCUGAAGAAGCUCUGCAUCAAGAACUGCCCUGUUUCUGAACUGGGCAUCGCCGCCGUCGGGGCCGGGUGUCCUAACCUGGUGAAGCUGAAGGUGAAGCGGUGUAGAGGGAUAUCGGCGGCGAGUAUCGGGAGGCUGAAGCUGCGGAGGAGAUUGCUUGUGGUUUCGGUGGAUGAAGAUACACCCAUGGCGUUCGAUAGUGGUGCGGAGGAGGAAGAGCGGCAGAGAGGAGCUGAGAGAAGAAGAGGGAGAGAUGGGAACCCGAAUCAUCAUGGGUUGCUGCCGGGAAAUGCCAGCGGAACGACGGCGAAUGCGAUAUGUACGAGUAUGAGUGCUCUGUUUUUGAAGUCCAAGUUUGAGAAUGCUCUGCAUCUGGGGAGGGGAAGAAGAGGAGAAAGGAGGCAUGAUUCGUCCAUUUCUAAUGACGACAUCAUUUUCCAGUAG